AUGCACAGAACUUAUUCAUUGAGAGCUCAGAGAGCACCAACAGCUUCGCAAUUGCAGAGCCCCGCUCCUCCUCCAUCGUCCACUAGAUCCAAAUUCUUCGGUAAAGCCUCAAUCUCAAGCACGUUCCGCAAGAACGCAGCGGGGAACUUCGGCCCUGACUUGGCUAGAAAGCUAUCGCAACUCGUCAAGACUGAGAAGGGCGUUUUGAGAGCUUUGGAAAUUGUCGCCAUUGAGCGCCGCGCUGCUGCCAAACAGCUUUCGCUCUGGGGUCUAGACAACGACGACGACGUUUCGGAUGUGACCGAUAAAUUGGGCGUCCUUAUCUACGAACUUGGCGAGCUGCAAGACCAGUUUAUCGACAAGUACGACCAGUACCGUCUAACUUUGAAGGGCAUCAGAAACAUUGAGGCCUCCGUCCAGCCAUCUAGAGACCGUAAACAGAAGAUUACGGAUGACAUUGCCCGCCUCAAGUACAAAGAGCCAAACUCCACAAAGAUUCCGGUCUUGGAGCAGGAAUUGGUUCGUGCCGAGGCUGAAUCGCUGGUCGCUGAAGCCCAGCUCUCUAACAUCACCAGAGAAAAGCUAAAGGCUGCUUUCAACUACCAAUUCGAUUCUAUUCGUGAAUUGGCUGAGAAGUUUGCUCUUAUUGCCGGUUAUGGUAAGGCCCUGUUGGAGUUGCUAGACGACUCCCCUGUCACUCCAGGUGAGACUAGACUUGCUUACGAUGGCUAUGACGCAUCGAGACAAAUCAUCAUGGAUGCAGAAACUGCUUUAGAAGGCUGGACUCUCGACUCCGCCGCUGUUAAGCCAAGCUUGUCUUUCCACCAAACCGUCGACGACGUUUACGAAGAAGAUGAUGAGGAAGAGGGCGAGGCCGCUGCCGCGGAAGAGGAGUGGGCGGGUGAGCACGAAGGCGGUGAGGAAGAGGUUGAGAGUACCAGAGUUUAA